AUGAAGGACGAACAAACCUGGGUCGCCGACGAGGCCCAGAACUCCGAUAGCGUUGUCAUCGAUGGCGGCAUUUCGCUCUCCCCCGAUGCGCAGCUGCAGCGGGGCCUCAAGAGCCGACACAUCCAGUUUCUGGCCCUGGGUGGCGCUAUCGGAACGGGCCUGUUCGUCGGAUCUGGCCUGAUCCUUUCUCUGACGGGGCCCGCGCCGCUCUGGCUGGGCUACCUGUCCAUGAUGCUUGUCGUCUGGAUCAUCAUGAACGUCAUAGCCGAGCUAGCUUGCUACCUUCCACUUAAGGGAAUUACACUUCCCUAUUUUACCGAGCGCUUCGUCGACAAGAGCUUGGCCUUUGCCCUGGGUUGGAACUACUGGUAUGCGUAUGCCAUCCUCUUGGCGGCUGAGGCGUCGGCAGGCGCCAUCUUGCUCAAUUAUUGGGACUCGCCCGUCCCAAGCGGCGUCUGGAUUACGCUCAUCAUGGUUGUCUGCCUCGCCCUGAAUAUCAUCGCCGUCGAGGUGUUUGGCGAGGCCGAGUUUUGGUUCGCCAGCAUAAAAUUCAUCACUAUCAUCGGCCUAAUCAUCAUGGGCAUUGUGAUCAUGGCUGGUGGCGCGCCAAAUCACCAGGCAAUUGGCUUCACCUAUUGGAACGAUCCCGGUGCUUUCAAGGAAUACAUGUCGACGGGGUCGACCGGUAGGUUCCUCGCCUACUGGACUGCAUUCAUUCGCGCAGGCUUCAGUUUCGUCACUUCGCCCGAGCUUGUCGGACUCGCGGCUGGCGAAACCGUUGCCCCACGCCGCAACCUCCCAAAAGCCGCCCGUCGGUUUCUCUAUCGCCUCGCCGUCUUCUACGGCGUAAGCAGCUUGAUCCUCGGCGCCCUUGUGCCGUCGACCGACCCAAAUUUGCUCAACCCCGAGUCGAACGCAAACGCCAGCCCCUGGGUCAUCGGCAUACAGCGCGCGGGUAUCCAUGGAUUUAACCACGUCAUCAACGCGGCAAUCUUGACGUCGGCGUGGUCGGCGGGGAACGCCUUUCUGUACUCGGGUUCGCGCGUUCUGUUUAGCAUGGCAGCAACGGGGCAGGCUCCUCGGAUUUUUACCAAGACGACGCGGCGCGGCGUGCCAUACAUGGCAGUGUUAGCCACCUGGGCUGUCGGCCUGCUCGCGUACCUGAACGUGUCCGAGAAUGGCGCGCAGGUGUUCGCCUGGUUCAUGAAUGUCUCGACAAUUUCGGGCUUUAUCGGGUGGAUCGUUGUCAUGAUCACCUACCUCCGGUUCAGAGCCGCCCUGUCUUAUAACGGCCUGCUGGACACACUGCCAUUCAAGACGUUUGGGCAGCCGUACGCGACAUGGUUCAACCUGCUGAUCGUGUCGUUACUUACCCUCACCAACGGCUUCCAGGUCUUUGUAGCCGGCAAGUGGAACUACAAGGACUUCCUGGCAGCGUACAUCACGUUGCCCGCUUUUCUGGUUUUGUACAUCGGCCACAAGCUUUGGUCGAGGACUUAUUUCCAAUUUGCCAAGCCGGUGCAAGAUAUUGAUGUCGUCACGGGGAAGAAGGAGAUGGAUGAGCUUUGUGCUAACGAUGUGCCGCCGGUGCCGAAGAACUUCUUGCAAAAGAUAUGGUUUUGGAUUGCGUAG